GACGCGCCGAGCCCCGGGCCAUAGCCAGGGCCGGGGCAGUUGAAAGAUUCCCCGCCCGCGCCCGCUGGCUGGGGAAAUGAGUUCGCGGGAAAUUAUGAGCUUCGACCAACGGCUCAUGCAGUUUUGAACGUGGGUGGGUGGGCGCGCGCGCACGCACGCAUGCUCACGCCGGCCGCAGGAACUCCUCCGGGACAUGACGAGACAGAGCUCCUGGAUUUGGAGCUCAGAUUCGCGCGCACAUGGACACGAUCGGACAAAGCCCUUGCUUCCGAUUCUCUCGCCAUGGCCUCGUCCGCGCUGCUGCUGCUGCUGCUGCUCGUGGACCCCAUUCGUUCGGACGAGCGGGUCGGGUCGAUGGCAUUUCGACAGUGGCUGCGUGCUCCCUCUUCUCUCUCCCUGUGGACUGCAAUGUGUGCUGAUUCAGCUUUACGCAGUCGGAGCUCCUCUGGUCUGCUGCGAUGGACGGCGCUCUUAUUCUGCUCCACUCGGGCGGGCUCGACGUUUUCGAUCCCCUUGAGUUAUUCGAUUUUUUCUCCUAGGUGUCCGACAGAACCUCUCGUGAAUCUGUACAAAGCGAGAGGGUUCCCCUUUUCUCUUGGUAAUUAGAUAUCGAUGUGUAUGUCGGGCCAGAAGUGUGUUGCAACUGUCUUUGGAUGUUGUUACUAAUCUGUGCCGAGCAAGUGGACUCGAAGGAAGAAGGCGAAAUUGACUCAUUUAUUGGAAGGAACUUUCAAACGGGGUGGGACGAGAGAUGGACGAGUAGGACGAGAACACCGCCAAAGAGGCGCUCGAUAUUUCCACUUUUCUUACAUUUGUGCGUGAUAAUGUAUGUUAAUGUAGUAGCGUCGGACCUGAAAUAUAACCUCGUCUUGAAGACUGAUUGAUAUACACGUCGCGCGCAUGCCAAGAGUGUCUUCACUGUAAUUUGAUUCGUCCCCAUCCGUCUUUAAUCAAAAUACGGUCGUCAAGUUCAUCGUUAUUUCUUGUUGUUCAUAAACCUUUCGGUUGGGCUCGGAGCUUCGAGCUUCUCUUUGUUCGUUGAGAGCAGAGACUUGAAUUUAGUAAACAGGUUGAUGAUAAAAGUAACUAUUCUCUUCAAUGCGAGAGAUACUAUUCUGGUCGAUUCUUGUGUAACAUCAAAUCAGGUUCCAUUCAUUUGGAUGGACACUCACGUCUUAUUUGUUGCAUCCACCCUCCAGGAAUGCAACUUCACUCCAUAGAAUCUCGUCGACAAGUUUUACGAAACUUGUCUACGCCAAGAUUUAUAUCUACGUAAUUUUAAGCACAA